AGCAGCGCAGACUGCGAGGAACAGCUGCAGACCGGUUCGGUGCUCCUUCACCCAGUUUACAGCGAGUAGAGAAAACCCUCAGCGUAUUUAAAUUUUCACUCGUGUCGUAAAUUAAACCAACCGCAUUAAACAUGGUUGACCGUGAACAGCUGGUUCAAAAAGCUCGACUAGCUGAGCAGGCGGAGAGAUAUGACGAUAUGGCAGCAGCCAUGAAGUCGGUAACAGAGUUGAAUGAAGCCUUGUCUAAUGAGGAGAGGAACCUGCUUUCUGUUGCAUAUAAGAAUGUGGUAGGUGCACGCCGCUCCUCCUGGAGGGUGAUCUCUAGCAUUGAGCAGAAGACCUCAGCCGACGGCAAUGAAAAGAAAAUUGAGAUGGUACGAGCCUACCGUGAGAAAAUUGAGAAAGAGCUUGAGGCUGUUUGCCAAGAUGUGCUCGGCCUGCUCAACAACUAUCUGAUUAAAAACUGCAGUGACGCACAGCAUGAAAGCAAGGUGUUCUACCUAAAGAUGAAGGGUGACUACUACCGCUACCUCGCAGAGGUAGCUACAGGUGAGAAGCGAUCUACAGUGGUAGAGUCUUCUGAAAAGGCAUAUAAUGAGGCGCAUGAGAUCAGCAAAGAACACAUGCAGCCCACACACCCCAUCCGCCUGGGCCUGGCACUUAAUUACUCAGUUUUCUACUAUGAGAUCCAAAAUGCACCGGAGCAGGCAUGUCACCUGGCCAAAACAGCAUUUGAUGACGCCAUUGCUGAGCUUGACACCCUCAACGAGGACUCCUACAAGGACUCCACGCUCAUCAUGCAGCUGCUGCGAGACAACUUGACACUGUGGACGAGCGAUCAGCAGGAUGACGAGGGGGGUGAGGGCAACAACUAAGUGGUAGUGAUCCUACCCUGUGCAGAAAAAAUUAUUUAAGAUGUACGGCUGGUGGACUUUGGCAAGCAGCUUUCGCCAUGGUUUCCUCUGCAGCGGCAGUUCUUUAUUUUUCCAUGAAUUCAAAAAGAAAAAAAAAAUAUUGAGGGCAGUUAAAACAGGGUGGGCUGAAGUCUUAGUUUGAGGAUAAACCGAUAUCUAUAAUAGCUGUAUGAGCCUACUUUGUCUCGGUUCUCUAUGAAGUUAGCCAAACCACUGAAAAUGUCAGUCAGUCAGGCAGGAAGGGGUCCUCGUUGGUUUGAAAUAGCAGCAACGCACUAGCAUAUGGACUGAAGUGGUUCAAAGAGAUAAAGAGAUGCUGCUCAUUUUUGUUUCUGGGUAGUAGAAAAGCAUUAAAAAAAGAGGGUGAGCUAAAAACAAAAAAUCUCUUAAAUUAACGUUUGCAAAAUCGCCUUGAAUGGUUCCAGUAUUAGUCACAAAAAAGAUUAACAUAUACAGUAUAAGGCAAAUUUGUGAGUUUAGCAGUUGUGGUAAUUAAAUACAGCAUAUUUAUCAGAAUAGUUUAAUGUUUUGAUUUCCUAAAUAAUCAGAUAUACAGUAAAAACUAAAAUAUUAUGAUGGUCUUAUUCCAUAUUUUAUUACUGGAGCCACAGGUUAUUUUGAAAGGUCACGUGAUAAGAGGCAGCGAUUAAAAAAAUAUUUAUAAAAUAAGAAAAUCUUGCAGCUUCAAAGUUUGUGGUUUACUUCUGUGUUUAAUUUAUUUUUGCACUUGCCAACUAUACUGUUUUGUCAGUGUAAGAUGAUGAUACUAUCAAUGAUUCAAUAUUGUGCAUGCUGGUGAUGUAUUUAUACAAUAGCUUGACUUUAUUAACUUAUAACUUGGAUGUUAUGUGUUCCUAUGAUUGAGAAGUAAAAACACAUUAUAUUGGUUACUUCUUAUUUAUUUAUUCAUUUAUUUAUUUAUUUUGCUAAUUUAAAAAUUGUGAUUGUGUGAAUAAAUCGAUCUGUUAUGGGCGUUGCUGUUGUGACAUGAAAUAUGUUUUAUUUCUAUAGCUAGACUGAAAUUUGAAAAACACUCCUAAUCACUUAACUGUGCAUGUGUUUUUCCUCAGUAAACUAUAUUAUGACAUUGUUUAACAAUGUUUCUGCUCUCAGCAAAUUAAGUGCUUUUUUGUCAUGUUACGCACAAUGCAACAUGUAUGGUUUAAGCUACAGUGGAGUAUCAGAAUCAGUGUUUCUGUGACAAAAUCAGAACAUGGACCAUAAAUUGUAUUUGGCAGUGUUAUUUUUUUCUUUCAUAUAUUUACUUUUGUUUCCUUUUUUUUUUUUUUAACUUUCAGCUGUCUCCUGGGUGACACUUAUCUUGAAUGUGAAUAAUUAUGUAGCAGUUGCACAAGAGCCAAAAUAAUGAAAAAGUAAAUAAAUAAAGAACAAGUGGUCAUAGA